AGUUGUUCGAUAUACGCGUUAUGGUAUCGUUAUCAUUGUCUUUCCUGACGAUAUUUUGGUAUUUUAAAAACAAAUAAAAGAACUCAUUAACUUGUUGGUAACAGUUGAGAGCGGUUGCUUAUCUUCACAGCUUUGGGGUUUUGUUUUGAAUAGAGACACUAAACUAUUGUCAGCCACUUGUUGACUGACCUUUAAUCCGGUGUGUCAUCUGCAGAACAGGAUAUGAUUCCUGAUAAGCUUGUGCCAAGGCCUAACGCUGGGCCUGGCUAUUGGCUGAGCUUCCUAAUACCAUUCGCCGUGGCCACAAGCUUUGAGCAUGCCAAAAAACAUGGACUUGCUUGUGCUGCACUUGAUUAUCAGCUUAAUGAAGUCUUAACAGGAGCUGCCUGGGGAAUGGGCUUAGAAACACUUUGUUAUUUUCUAUGCGAAUGGCUGAAAGAGGAUUCUAUUACGAAGACUAUCAUCACACUGCUGCCAAUGACAUUUACCAGUCUAUAUUUGAAUUUGCAAAUGGCGCCUGGUGCUGCAGUUCUUUUUAGCUUAGUGCUAGGCAUACUCUAUCUACGUGUGUAUAAAUGUGUGCUGAGCAGACUGCCCAGGACGUUUAGCUAUGGCGAGGCAUCCAUAUUGGUACAAGGACUCUUUCUGUUUGUGGUCACCGUUGGCUUCAGACUACUGCGUGGGAGCUCAAGAGCAAUGACAGACUUUGACAAACUGUAUGUCAUAAUGCAGAGCGCGUUGUGCUUUUUGUUGAUUGCAUGUGCACUUUUAACUUUGUAUCCAUCUUUGCGUCGGACUGUUCCUCUUUAUAUCCUGCUGACGCUUUUGCUUGUGGCUGUCACCUGUGCCCCUGUGACGCAGCCAAUGCCAUUGAUAGUCCUGCUCGAUUUCAUACUCAAGGAUCAGAAACGCCUGUAUAUCAUUGCCUUUUACCUGGUACUCGUGGCCUUGACCUGCGCAACAGUUAGCUGGCAGCUGCGCCAUUCUACCAAGGCCAACACACGCGUGCGCAAAAUAUUUCACCUCCUGAUUGUCCUGGUGUUUGUUCCCGGAAUUUGCUAUCAAUGCCAACUGCUAUAUAUGGCCACAGGUAUUGCCUUUGCUGUGUUUGUAGUUCUGGAGAUCAUACGCCUCUUGAAGUUGCCGCCGUUUGCUGCCCAGUUAGCGCUUGCUUUCAACUCGUUUAAGGAUGAAAAGGAUGCAGGCCCAUUGGCUCUAACGCCUUUCUGUUUAUUAAUUGGUUGCUGUCUGCCUAUUUGGCUAACUUCAUGUCCAUGUAGCGUGGCGGCCCACGAUAGUCCUUUGGUGUUAUUGUCAGGCAUCUUAGCUGUAGGCAUAGGCGAUGCAGCGGCCAGUGUAGUGGGCUCCAAGAUGGGACGCACCAAGUGGAGUAGAAAUACCGAUCGUUCCGUGGAAGGCACUUUCGCCUUUAUUUUCUCUAUUUUACUCUCAGUGGGGUUGCUGCAACUUUGCGGUCUUUUGCCCAUGUCGCAUGUCAAGUGGUUUUGCACUGUCAUCGCCGCCAUAAAUACAGCUUUGGUAGAAUCCAUUACGGAUCAGAUUGAUAAUCUUGUGUUGCCAUUAGUAUUCUAUAUUUUCGUGGGUUACGCUUAAGUCGCCAUAGGUGUGUGAUUUAUGCAAUUCAAAGACAUUCCUCCAAUAUAAGUAAGUAUAGUAAGCCAAAGAAACUUUAAUUAUAUAUGUACAUAUUUUUUACA